UUUCCUCUUUCUUUUUAAAUAGAUUUGGUUACAAGUCGAACAACUAUGAGUGGAAUAAACAUGUUUGUUUGUAUGCUGUUGUUGUCCGUCGCUGCUGUUGCUGAAGGACAACGUUUUAAAGGCUUUCGGAAGUUUUAUCGUGGACAGGAUGAAAACGCAAAGAUGCUCAGAACUGUGUUUGACGAACAGUGGUUCGUUCAGAAACUGGAUCACUUUAACGGUGCAGACAGCAGAGAGUGGAAGCAGAGGUACUUUGUCAAUGGAAACUUCUAUAAACCAGGGGGACCGGUGUUUCUGAUGAUUGGUGGAGAGGGACCGGCCAACCUGGCGUGGAUGCAAACUGGAACGUGGCUCACUUACGCAGAGAAAAUGGGAGCUCUUUGUUUUAUGCUGGAGCAUCGCUUUUAUGGAAAGAGUCACCCGACUGACGACCUCAGCACAGACAGCCUACGUUUUCUCAGCAGUCGCCAGGCCUUAGCUGACUUGGCUCACUUUCGCGUCAUCACAGCCGACCAACGAGGGCUGAGUGAGAGCAAAUGGGUGGCGUUUGGUGGGUCGUACCCCGGUUCUCUUGCUGCAUGGUUCAGGCUGAAGUACCCACACCUGGUCCAUGCCUCCGUGGCCACCAGUGCACCUGUUCACGCCACUGUAAACUUCCCAGAGUAUUUAGAGGUGGUGCGACAUUCGCUGGCCUCAGAGAACACGGAGUGCCCCCUGCUGGUGGAACAAGCUUCCGAUUCACUUGUAAAACGUCUGAAGGAUCCUGAGACCUAUGGGAAUAUCACCAAAGACUUCAACCUGUGUUCCAAACUGCAGAUCCAGACAGAGAUGGACUCUGCCUACUUCCUGGAAACACUGGCUGGCAACUUCAUGGAUGUAGUCCAGUACAACGAGGACAACAGGGCCUUUGCGGGCGGCAGAGGCACAAACAUCACCAUCAAAGUUCUCUGUGGGCUGAUGGCCGACACCUCCCUGGGAGACCCCUACGCCCGCUACGCUGCUGUGGCCAAACUCAUGAUGGACACUUUCUCUAUUAAAUGCCUGGAUGCCAGAUACACAGAGUACCUCAGUGACAUGACCAACACUUCCUGGGAGGGGGCAGCAGCAGGGGGAGGGAGACAGUGGGUCUACCAGACCUGCACAGAAUUUGGAUUCUACCAGAGCACUGACUCACCCAACCAGCCUUUCACCGGCUUCCCUCUUACUUACCAGGUGAAACAGUGCGCUGAAUUUUACAACGUCAGUGCUCAGCAGAUAGCGGAGGCUGUGCUGCAGACCAACGAAUACUACGGUGGCUACGACAUCCGCUCCAGCAGAAUCGUUUUUCCCAACGGUUCCAUUGACCCGUGGCAUGCCCUGGGAAUCACAGAGGACAUCACAUCCAGUCUGCCUGCUGUCUUCAUCAAAGGAACGGCCCACUGUGCCAACAUGUACCCUGCCAGGAGUGAGGACCCCCCCCAGCUGGCCCAGGCCCGCGUGCACGUCUCAGUUUUUCUGCAGCAGUGGCUGAAAGAGUGACCUGAUGGUGGAAAAAGCCUAAAGUAAUAAUUGGCUGAAUCAAAUCAUUGCUGUUGGCACGGGAGCGCUUGUUUUACUGUGAAGUUGCUGAAUGAAUGAUUUAAGAAGUGACUGAGAGAAGGGCGGGGGGGGGGGGGUUUUUGGAAAACCUGCAUAACCUUUGCCUACAAAGUCCAGAAUUGUUUUGUUAUACCAGGUCUUCAGAAGUGGAUGAAUGAAGUUAUUUUUUAUGACUUGUUGUUUAAGUUUCAUUUUGAGUCAACAUUGUCAGUUAUUUACUCUUGGUCAAUGCACCUUCCUGUGAUGUUCAGGGUUAGGCUGAAUGUACAUGUACAUGCACGAGGACAAUCAGAUUUAAAUAUCUUCACAGAACAUCAAAACAAAAUCAAACACCAAUUUGUGACUCAUUUGAUCCUAAUUGUAUUCAAUGUUUUAUCUUGCUGUUCUUCACCAAUGACCGGAGAGAAAAUAGAUGAUUUUUACAAUAAAAAUAACUAUUAAAAAAGUUGUUGAUACAAAUAA